AUGUCUGCAUCGGCGCUUGACAAAGUCCAGAAGGAGACACAUGCCAAAUUCGGACAUGAUCGACCGUUUCCACUGGCCGCGUGCGCAACCAGCGUUCUUGGUCAAAGACGGCGCGCGAUCCAUGGACGCCAUUGGCCCCCGUGCCCAAGGGAUGCCGGCCUGCCCAGGACCGAAUCACAACUCGCGUCCGCCCUCGAACCUGCCUCUUCGGAUCUGCCAAGAACGGCCACCAUGGCCCGCUGGCAUGUUAUCGUCAAGUCGCCAGCCCUCGGCGCUGCGACCUCGACCAUUGACGCCGUGGAGCGUCCAUGUCGUACCAGACCAGACCCCUUCGGCCAUGUCCCGUCCGCUGCGACUCUGGCUCGUGACUGGCCUCGCCCAGAUUCGCGACUGUGCGCUCGCGAGCUUUAA